AUGGACACAGGUGGUACAGGUGAGGGUGGACACAUGUGCGCAGGUGGCACAGGUGGGCACCAGGUGAGCGCAGGUGGAUACAGGUGGGCGCAGGUGGACACAGGUGGGGUACAGGUGAGCGCAGUUGGACACAGGUGGGUACAGGUGGGUGCAGGUGGUACAGGUGGAGCGCAGGGUGGGUACAGUGGACACAGGUGGGUACAGAUGGGUACAGGUGAGCGCAGGUGGGCACACAGGUGGGCACAGGUGAGCCAGGUGGAUACAGGUGGGUACAGGUGGGUACAGGUGAGCGCAAGUGGGUACAGCGUGGGACAGGUGGGCGCAAGUGGGUACAGGUGGGUACAGGUGAAGCGCAGGUGGGUACAGGUGGACACAGGUGGGUACAGAUGGGUACAGGUGAGCGCAGGUGGGCACAGGUGGGCACAGGUGAGCGCAGGUGGAUACAGGUGGGUACAGGUGGGCGCAGGUGGACACAGGUGGGUACAGGUGGACGCAGGUGGGUACAGUGGAGCGCAGGUGGACACGUGGGUACAGGUGGGUGCAGGUGGGUACAGGGUGAGCGCAGGUGGGUACAGGUGGACACAGGUGGGGUACAGAUGGGUACAGGUUCGCAGGUGGGCCAGGUGGGCACAGGUGAGCGCAGGUGGGUACAGGUGGGCGCAGGUGGACACAGGUGAGCGCAGGUGGGUACACGUGGAGGUGAGCGCAGGUGAGACAGGUGAGCGCAGGUGGACACAGGUGAGCGCAGGUGGACACGAGUGA